AUGAUGCGCAUUUUGUUCCUCUCCAUGCUCCUUGCAGUCUUGAUUGCCAUGGCGUCUGCUGCUUCCCACCAGGAUGAACCCGGUCGUGUGCUUCGUACCCCUGCUUCCCACCAGCCCAAGCAUGAGAUUCGCAAACUUGAUGAAAGUGGAGAAAGUGGAGAUGGUGGAGAUGAAGGUGGUGAAGGCGGAGACAGUGGAGAUAGUGGAGAUAGUGGUGAUGAUGACGACGAAUCGGACUGCUUUGAUACUUGUUGGGGUGACGCUACUGAUGAGGAGAUCGAUGCCUGGACUGAGGACCAAUGGAUUGAAUGGGGGACUUGUGCUGAUACAGCCUGUGAUUGCACGGAUGACGAAUGCGCAGCUGAUGCGGAUUGUUCGGAGGCUACUUGUACUUAG